AAAUCAGUACUGUGUGUUCAGUAUCAGUCAAUGGCUGACCAUUUAAAUAAAGAAUAAAUAAAAAUAAAUUAAAUAGCUAAAUAAACAUCAGUAGUACUGUUUAGUAUCAGUCAAAUGCUGACUAUUUUAAUACUGCCAGUCAAUUAGGGGCAGGUUGUAAAACAAGAAUAAAAGUAUAAAAGAAAAAAAAAUGCUAUAAAAGUUCAGGGGAAACUUUCAACGGUGGAAAACCAGACUUUUAAAUAUUACAUUUUGUAAAUGCAAUGACUGGAAUUGUUCGGUUGAAGGGGGUACCAAACUGCAAAUCCUGAACAAAAGAGUUUGGUGAAUACAUGUUUACACAUUAGCUUCCACUCAGCUGACAACAAUGAAAGUAACUAUGUGGUUAGCUAGUUAGCUAUAAGCUCAUUGUCACGAAGAGUAAAAGAUGGACGUUGUUUAUUUACUAUCCAGCAUUGCGUCUCACCAACUAGGUAACAAUGUAGCGUGAAAUCAACACUCAACAGACAGAAUCCACCACUGCACCUUUGUCUGCUGAGCUGCAAAAAGAUGCUUCCCUUUCAAUCUGCUACGUUACUGACUGAAAUGACAAACUAUAACUGGCUAACAUGGCAAACAGUUGUGAUAAACAUGAGUGACAUGGUUGUCAGGGACAGGGUUAACAUUAUAUUAAUUAUACUGAAAAGGGAAAAUGAUGGGGUCAUUGUUUAUUAACCUUCCAGUAUGUAUUUCACCAACUAGUUUGCAACUUAUCACGAAGACACCGUUUAACUCCGCACUGUUAGCAGAACCACCGUCAGCUCAGCUCUGUAAAUGAUGGAGUCGGGGGGCCUGGUUAGCUCAGCGAUUAUUGAGGCUGACUACCACUCCUGGAGUUGCGAGUUCGAAUCCAGGGCGUGCUGAGUGACUCCAGCCAGGUCUCCUAAGCAACCAAAUUGGCCCGGUUGCUAGGGAGGGUAGAGCCACAUGGGGUAACCACCUCGUGGUUGCUAUAAUGUGGUUCUCGCUCUUGGUGGGGCACGUGGUGAGUUGUGCAUGGAUGCCGCGGAGAAUAGCGUGAAGCCUUCACACGCGCUAUGUCUCUGUGGUAACGCGCUCAACAAGCCACAUGAUAAGAUGCGUGGAUUGGCGGAUCCGUCCUCCACCACCCUGAUUGAGAUGAGUCAAUACACCACCACGAGGACCUAGAGCGCAUUAGGAAUUGGGCAUUCCAAAUUGGGGAGAAAACGGGAGAAAAAAACAAAAAAGUCGGAGGGUGCUCUGCUGGACAAACUACAUUAUGACACCAAUUCUAAAUCACCCCAAGCAUUGUUUUCUGCUUUAUAUGUUCUGAAAAAAAAGUUUUCAAAUCUGUUCAUAUCAGAAAACAUAUACGCCGAUACCAAUAUAUCUGUGAAAGGCUAAUGUCGGCCGACCGAUAAAUCGGCCGGGCACUAGUUUAUACCACUUAUAGCUAGAAUAAGCCUAUAAUUAAUUAAAGAAAAUGUUGCCCCAGUUUGAGAACCACUGGUCUAGGGGGUCCUUGCACUAUAGUUAGUUCCAUUCAUAACAGAGUGUGAGCAUUUAACGUGGUCGUCAUUGUGUUGUUGUUUGUGUGUGUGACACUGAAGGCUUACCUUGCCCCAGAAGACCUGGUCAGCUCUAUUGUGUAGCAGUUAGGCCGGGUUUUUUCCGAGGCACCUGGUUAGCUCAGUCUUUCAUAUUUGGUGUUUAAUAAGGGGGUUGAAAGGGUUAACACACUCGCACAUUCUCUUCCCCUCUGACACCACCCCAUUUUUUUUCCUGUAUCCGGGCAGGUAAGCGUCCUGGGCCCUACAGACAUAAACCUCUGUAUUUUCAGUCUAGCUCUCUCCAUUUCCCUCUUAUACUCUUGUUGAGACUUCCUUAAGUCCAACUCAAACCUUUCUCGCUGUAAAGCCAGCAACUCUUGUUUCAUUACAAGCACCUCUUUUUUUCUAUCACAAGAGCCUCCUCUGUAACACCAAGCUCUCUUGACUAUUUCCAAUUUGUAUAAGUUUUGUGGUAAGUCAUCCAUUAAAGACAGCAAACUCUCUCAACAGAGCGACAGUCAGUUGUAUAAAAUCUGCACGGAAAAGCACAACUAAGCAGCGUGUUUAAUGCUCUCUGAGAAGUUGCAUCUCUCAAUUCAUUCCUUUAAGAGCAACACAGCAAAAAAUAUUGAACAUACUAGUUGGUUAUUGGAUGACUAAAGGAACAUCUAUCCUAUUUCUAGGAUGUGUUGGACCUCUACCAGUGACUUCUGUUUACAUGUUUUACAAAAUGUAUGUUCGUCAGCAGCAGUAUCACCCUGUAGCUGUAGACUGCUUGCCCACUGAAGCUAAGCAGGGUUGAGCCUGGUCACUACCUGGAUAGGAGACCUCCUGGGGAAAACUGUCCUUGCUGCUGGAAGAGGUGUUAGCGAGGCCAGCAGGGGACCUGAUGAAGCUGAAAGAGGAAAGUGAAGGACUGAAUGAAGUGGAGGAGAAACAUCAGUAUCAGAAACCUACUAAAUUCGUAACUGGAGAAAAAUCUUAUAGUUGCUCCCAGACUGAAAAGAAACACUCACAAAAAAGAUCUCGAAGAACAAAAAAAGAAAAUUCUUUCACCUGCCCUCAGUGUGGAAAGAGUUUCACAAAUAAAGUAGCCCUUCAAAGGCACAUAAGAAUUCACACUGGAGAGAAACCUUUCACAUGCCCUCAGUGUGGAAAAAGUUUCUUUGUAAAAGGAAGCCUUCAAAGGCACAUGAGAAUUCACACUGGAGAGAAGCCUUACACGUGCCAUCAGUGUGAAAAGAGUUUCACACAUAAAGGAGGUCUUAAAGUCCACUUAAGAACUCACACUGGAGAGAAGCCUUACACAUGCCAUCAGUGUGGAAAGAGUUUUAGACAUAAAGGAAGUCUUGAUAUCCACACAAGAACUCACACUGUAGAGAAGCCUUACACAUGCCUCCAGUGUGAAAAGAGUUUCACAGAGAAAGGAAGUCUUAAAGUCCACAUAAGAACUCACACUGGAGAGAAACCUUACACAUGCCAUCAGUGUGAAAGGAGUUACACACACAAAGCAAGUCUUAAUAUCCACAUAAGAACUCACAAUGUAGAGAAGCCUUACACAUGCCAUCAGUGUGAAAAGAGUUUUAGACAUAAAGUAAGUCUUAAAGUCCACAUAAGAAUUCACACUGGAGAGAAGCCUUACACAUGCCAUCAGUGUGAAAAGAGUUUCACACAUGAAAAAAUUUAUAAGGAGCACAUGAGAAUUCACACUGGAGAGACUCCAUAUAAAUGCCUUCAGUGUGGAAAGAGUUUAACAGACAAAAGUGCCCUUAAUUAUCACAUGAAAAUUCACACCGGAGAAAGGCCUUUCAUAUGCCCUCAGUGUGGGAAGAGUUUCAUCAACAAAUAUUCCCUAAAGUAUCACAUCAGAAUUCACACUGGAGAAAAGCCUUAUACCUGCAAUCUAUGUGAAAAGACUUUCACACAUAGAGGAAGUCUGAGUUGCCACUUAAAAACUCACACUGGAGCGAAGCCUUUCAGAUGCCUUCAGUGUGGAAAGAGUUUCGCAGGAAAAACAAAGCUAAGAGCUCAUAUGAAAUGUCAUUCAAGAGAGAAAUUACUCCAAUGUUCUAAAGACUAAAAGAGUGAUAUGGUGAUAACUCUUAUAGGAUGGAUGAAAUAAAGACAAAAAAUAAUUUUGGUCAUACCAAUAUGCCUAUUUUGAGAGACAUUAUAAGGAUGAGACUUGUCUUUCCUGUACAUAGGAAUGGAGAAAUCCUAUGGGAACUGGAAGAAAUACAGUUCAAAGAGUAAAUCAUCUAAAGUAAUUUUCUGUAAUUUGUCUGUAAUUAAAUGCCACCUUCUUCCACAGGAAAAUAUAUGAAUUGAUGGAGAUGUGCUGUCUGGAGAGGGCACUAUUAGUUGUAUGGAUGAUUCUUCUGAUUGAUGACAAAGAAAUUACCAAUUCAUCUGCACUACACAGUUGCAUUUUGGUAAUGGCCUGGGAGCACAGAGUUGUCAAAACCUUUUAUAUCCAGUGAAAUUGGGUUGUUUUGGUUUGUGGGAGAAGUAAUUGCAUCCCAAAGUAAGUUUACAAUAAAAAAAAAAACACCUUUCAAUUCAGGGGCCCGUUCUUCGUACGUUGAUUAUAGAGUUAUCUGGAUUUCAUUGUUGAUGAUUUGACCUGAUCCUGAAUUGUUACAUUCUUCGAAGAGCAUCUCUGAGUUGCUGUCAUGGCAACAGGUCCGUUAGCUCAAACCUGCUCUGGACAAAACUUAUUUAACAUAAACAGGAUUAGAUUGCACCUUUAAGCAGAUGUGAUACUGGAAGUCUUCCCAGCCUCUGCAUUAUUCUUACAAGAGCAGCCUUUGGAAGCAGAUAUGUUUAAUAAAUUUAGUAUAAUUAUAAUUUUAUGAAUCAUUUCAAAUAAAUAAUAAUAUUGUAGAUUAUAAAAGGCACAGCUCAUUUAGAGGUACUGCUUUAGCCAUGAGUAAUCUACUUCAUAUUCACUCAAAAAAAAAAAAAAAAAAACAAUUGUGCAUAAACUUCUGUCUGCAUUGAACUUAGUCCUUAGUGCACUGUACAGCUCAACAGAUGCAAAGAACUUAUAAGAGCAAUGUCUGUAUUUGUGCCAUUAGAAAAGUGUACAUGAUAGCCCUCUUAAAUAAAAAAUAUUUUAUGA